GUGGAAAGGCCGUCGCUGGACAAGUCGAACAUAUUGGUUAGCACGGUUUCUUGUAUAUAAUAGUAGCCACUGCUGCACAGAAACGGACACACCUCCCGGUCAAACAUUGCCCAUUUUACUGCACACCGUCUUCAGUUGUCACCACUAAUACGGUUCAUUUCGUAUUCUUCAUAUUUUUCAAUAUGCUCUAUUUAACACUUUUUUGUGUCUUUCUUCUAUUCUCACCUGUUUUUGCGAAGUAUCCUUUGGCGGAACUCAGAGUGACUAAAGGCCCACCCAAAGUAGAUGAUAUACCGUCAAAUGAAUACAUUUUCACUCAAUAUACCAUUGGAGAGACGUACACAUUCGAGGUUCAUCUAGAUGAAACUACUCAAAACGAUUACAUUAUCAAUUGGUGCAACAUGAAUGGUGAUCAAUUGAUUGGUGCAAGAGGAUGCGUAAACUGUAAUCAGUGCGGAUAUGAAUCAGUUGAAACUCAUUCCUAUAAUAGACCUGGUGCCAUUAAGCGAACUCUAGUGCCAUUUGUUGCUGCCCACACGACAAUCAACUUCGAAUGUGAAAUUGAAAUGUACAUCUGCUCUGGGUGUGCCGAGCGCUCGUGUGAAACUUCUCCACUAGCCCUCACGAGUAAGUUAACUCCGUUUGGCAAAAGUACUACUGUAGCACUGAUGUAUCCACCAGCAGGUUACGCGAUGCCAAUGGGUUACGGAGGAGCGUGGCCAUGGUGGGUGUGGCUGCUCAUUAUCCUUCUCCUUCUUCUUCUCCUUUGCUGCCUUUUAGCUCUUUGUUUUGCUGCUUUCAUGAAGAGGAAAAGAGAAAAGAAGGCUGCAGCCGUUACUGUCGUCGAUGGAAAAGAUUGUGCAACAGGGACUGAUAGAGUGUCUGUGACAUGCGUUGGAACCGAUACACAGGAUAUUGUCAAAGUUCAACCAGCUGUGGUUCUUGGUGCUGAUAGUCUUCAAAGCCACCACCAACAGCAUCACCAGCACAACCAAUACUCCAGAAACCAAGCAGAGUACGACCAGGGUUCUGUGAUGGCUGGAGGAACGUAUUCUCUGAGAGAAGGAAUGAUCCACGAGGGUUAUACCAGGACUCUUCCAAGAGAGUCAUACUCUACUAACGACCGAUAUGCCAGUCGUGAUCGUUUCGAACGUCAAAGCCAGGAUAAGUACACGGAUAGAUCCAGCUACAGAAAUUUUGCCUACGAACGGGAUAUGGGAAGAGUUGAACCAAUGGACGGAUUUGAUGAGGUUGAAACCCGUGAAAGAACCUAUUGUUUGAGCGAUGAUGAUCAGGAAAUUGUGGAGAAAAAUGUCAAGAGAACCCAUACCACCAGAUACGUAACAGAAUCGCGAGAAUAUGAUCAGGACCAUGACAAUGAAGAGCGAAUGCGUGGAGACGAGUAUCAUCACGCCACAUACACACACAGCCUUCCAGUUUAAUUUUAUGUAUUGAUUUCUAUUGUUUGUUUCCAGUUACUCUCUGUCUUUCAUCGGUUGUUUUAUUUUUCUAUUCUCAUUUUUAAGAUUUCAGAUUCCCUAUCCCUACUUUGCCCAUCAUUGGCCCGCCAUUUUUAGUUUCGAAUCGCUUUUUUUUUUAACAUUUCUAGUUAUGUGAACACUCCCAAACUGUCUUUCCUCAUUGCCUAAAACAAUUAAUAAAAAACAGUUUAAUGAUC